AAUCAGAAGGCGACCGUUUGACGCUCCAAACAUUGUUCGGUAGUUAUUCGUAGUCGUUUUUACAUUUGGAAAAAUGACUUAAAUAGUCCGGGAGUGAUGCUUUUUUAUAUAGAAAAUAAUAUCGGAAGUUGUUUCUUUUGGUAAAACGUGUAAUAACGUUGAGGUUUUUUUACAUUGGGCAAGAAUGAGAACGAGACAUUCUCCUCCCGUCCACGUCCAUGUAGUGGAGAGCACACCGGUGCACGUUCACAUGAGAAGGAGCCCUAUCAGGACCUCGCAGGAGAGGAGUAGCGAUGUUCAGCCGAGAGGGGAUCGUGGGAGAUCUACCGGUCGAGCCCCUUGGAUCCCUCCCGGAAUCUCAUCUUGCAGACGAGAGCAGAGAAGCCGAGUGCAGUCAGAUAAUGUCCGGCGGGAAAGUGAUGAGCAAGACGAUGACACCACGAUACUGAGGAAGAACCUCAGCCUGCUGCUCAAAGAGCAAGGAAACAGCCAGCGUUCGAACAAAGGACAGGUCCCGCCCUCGGAGACGGAGGUCCUGCUGCGGGCCCUGGUGGAGGCGGAAGUGGAUGGCGUGGCGGUAGCCAAUCAACUUGCCUCUUUCAAGGAAACCCUGGACGGCCUGGCUAAGGACAAGCGUCCGUCCAAGCUUCAGAUGUCCACACUCGCACGGCAUCGUCAGCUUCUCAUGGAGAGGAUGGAGAUUUUUGACAACACCAAUCACAGCCUCAGGGACCUCCUCAGAGACUGGAGCCAUCGGCAGCAGAGCGAAGCAGAGAGACACUCUGACGAGAACGAAGGCUUCAAGAGGAGGCUGGCCGAAGUUGAGGCUGAGAAUAUAAGACUUGUGUCCAAGCUUUGCAGCAAGGAGAAAGAAGCUUCCCAGCUUACAGAGUCUUUGGAAUUUGAGAAGGACCACGCCAAGACUACAGAGGAGCUUUCUAGAAUCUUGUCGUCUACUCGAGACCAUUUGGAAUCUCAGCUGAGUCGACUACAGGCAGAAAAAGUCACAAUGGCCGCUCAGCUGCAGCGUCUGCAGCAGACUUACGAGCAACGACGGGAAAACGACGACGAGGCGGCCCUGGCGUUGCUUACCCGCCAUGCCGAGCGGGCCGAAGAGGCGUCCAGGCAGAUGGCAGCCAGACUUCAGGAGAAGGAGUCGCAGUUGGCGCAAGCGUUGUCCACGUGUAGCGAGCUACGCCUGCGCAUCUCGAAGGAGGCCACGGCCAGAAGUCAGCUGGAGGACAACGUGGCUGCGCUCCAAUUGCAGGUGAGCGAGUGGAACGCUCAGCACCACGUGGCUGACGAGCGGAGUCGCGGCGAAAGAGAGGAGCUCCGUAACCAACUCCACCAUCUAAGCGCCCAGAACACCGCCUUGACGUUAGACAAAGUGUCUUUGCAGGCGCAGCUGACAUCCAGCGAGGAGAAAGUGCGAGUCGCUCAAGAGGAAACACUGCAGCUUAGGACAUCGUACAAUAAACGGGAAGUCGUGUUGGACAAAUACAAGAGAAAGGCUCAGCAGGCAGAUCUGGAGCGUGAGGAGCAGCGUCUGAAGAUGAACGAGGCCCAACUGAAGGCUCAGGAGGCUACGGCCGCACGGGAGCGGGAGCAUGAGCAGCUGAGGAAGGAGCUGCUACGCCUGCGACAGCUAGAAACGCUUCCCGAGCGACUCCGCCGCAGUGAGGAUCAGCUGGCGCAGGCGCAGCAGGAGGCCGACGCUCACCAGAGGAGGAACCUGGAGCACAACACCACCCUUGCUGAAGUUAGACACAAGGUGGAACAACAAGGUUCUCAACUUGAGGCGUUCCAGCGUAGGAACAUGUUGCUCCUGGAGGAGAACAACGUCCUCAAAGAGAAGAUAAUCAACCUGGAAAGGAAGCUGGAGUCCAUGCGUGUGGAGAACAAGGAGAUGUGCGAGGCGCUCACCCUGAAGGAGGUCAGCGUGCUUAGCGUGGAGCAACAGCUAGAUCAGAAAAGCCACGAGAACGCCGUCCUGGCCCAGCAGCUGCAGCAAACCCUGGACGACGCCCAGCAGCAGGCCCGCCAAAGCGUGGAGAGAGUCCUGGACAAGGAGCGCAGGUCACAGUCCAAAGCCCUGGACCUGCAAGAACAACUGAGUCGGGCCGAGGCCCAGCUCAGUCAGCUGCAUCGCAGCAAGGAAGAGAUGGAGCGUCGCUUCCAGAACCAGCUAAAGAACCUGAAGGAGCGUCUGGACCAGGCGGACCAGACCAACCGCAGCCUGCAGAACUAUGUGCGGUUCCUUAAGACCUCCUACGGGAACGUCUUCGGAGAGCCGUUCCUCCCCAGCUGACGGCAAAAACUUCCACUCGACUUCUCCUCUUUGCUCUCAAUCGCAAAUAAACGUGUUUGGACGUGCCACACUA